AUGUCAGAUGCCUGGUAAGUCAGCUAACAUGGUAUUCAUUCGCUUGCCUGCAAAUAUUUCUUUCUAUGCAAAUCUAAAAGUGGAAGCCCCUUUACACUGCAGACCCAAGCACCUUUGUAGUUACAUUAACAUGCAACUCCCCCGUACAGUCUGGUAAAGUGUAACAAUGUGUAACAACCCAAUGUCUAAAGCAAUAUUGGUCCGCUCAGCAUGCAGCAGCAUGCUCUCCAACAAGUUUUAACUCAAGCAGAACUAAGUAUUUUAUGAUAAAAACGACAGAAAAGGGCUUCUUUUUGUCUAGCAAAGUUGUAUACCAUCGUCACUGAGUACUUGUUUUCUCUUUGCAGCCCUGAACCUGCAGGAAGCAUCAAGGCUAUUGACAAGCACUCAGUACAUCAGAUUUGCUCAGGACAGGUGGUGCUGACUUUAGCCACUGCUGUCAAAGAGCUAGUGGAAAACAGCAUCGAUGCAGGGGCCACAAAUAUUGGUAAGUAUCGAUGCAUAUUGCACACAAGAGCUGUGCGUUUGUAAAAAUCUUUCAACCUGCAUAUCAGGCUAGGGGAGAUGCAAUUAUGUAUUUAUACCAAGAAAAUUAAUAAUAGAUAGAUGUCAGUAGUUAUAUUUGGUUCUUUAUUUCUUCAGAUUAAUUUUUUUUUGUGAAAAGGAACAUACAAUUGAGAAAAGUAUCACACCGGAUAAACAGUGUUUAUGAUUUUAAACACUAUGCAAACUGAAUCACUGCCACAUUUUUUCCACGCGAACACAUAAGGAAAAAUCUACUUUUAUUCUCAUAUUGAAGAUCAGAAGUAGUCGGUCAUAACUCAUUUGCACGGAAUUUCACACAACUAUAACGCUGUGAUACUGGGUUUUCUGUGUGUGCAACUAUACCAGUACAUUAUGAGAAAAUCAAGAACAUGGAAUGAACUGUUUUUGGAAAUAAAGGAACACCAUUUUAUUGCAUAUUUCAGAUGUGAGGCUGAAGGAGUGUGGAACUGAACUGGUAGAGGUUUCUGACAACGGCAAAGGAGUAGAAGAGGCAAACUUUGAGGGGCUCAGUAAGUGCAAGCUUUCCUUAUCUAUUUUUAUAAAGAAGUAUACCUUACACUUGUUGGCUGAGCAACACUUGUUAUGUUUUUCCACAGCGCUAAAGCAUCAUACAUCUAAGCUGAGGGACUUUUCUGAUCUCAUCCAUGUGGAAACAUUUGGCUUCAGAGGUGAAGCCCUCAGCUCUUUGUGUGCUCUGAGGUAAACUGUGUUAUAUCAGCAACAUUCAGUUGACACAUGAACUUGUGGUACAUGUCUCCUUAUUAGUUGAAAAUCUUGUCUGACCUCCUGCUUAGUGACCUGGGUGUGGUGACAUGCCAUGAGUCCAGCCAGGUUGGGACCAAGCUGGUGUUCGACCACAAAGGCCACUUGGUGCAGAAGUCACCCCAUCCGCGUCAGCAAGGCACAACUGUCAGCCUGCAGCAACUCUUCUACACCCUGCCUGUCCGACACAAGGAGUUCCAACGCAACAUCAAGAAGGUCAGUUAAGAAUCCUUAUGUCUUUAUAUGGCCUAUUAGAGCUUAAUGUUUUGCUGCAGGAACAGUGGGCUUGGGCCUUGGGGAUGUGGUGUAGGCAUUCCUACCACAGUGCUUCUUUAUGACAAUAUUUACUAUGUACUUUUGAACAAUUUAAAAACCUCUGAAAAUUAAUUAAACAACUGAAUUCCCAAGAGAAUGCCAAGUUAUACCCAAGCUUUCCCUCUAAAUUGCAUUUUAUUUACAAGAUAGCUUUUAGCACCAUCAUGCCCUGACUUUUCUAACCCUCAGCCAGCACAUGGACAUAACUUUUGCACACUAUUUUAAGAGAAAAAUCAUGCUAAAAUAACAAUAAUUUAAAUCCCAUAAAAGGCAAAACGCAUUGAUAAAUGUGAAAAUAAUGACAUAUUUAAGAAGAAAUUUAUUAUAGCUGAUGUGCAAGAGCCAGACAGCAUGAGAUUUAUCUACCAGUGUUCUUAAUCUUAAAUCUUUCAUAUUUAAUCCCUCUUCUUCUGCAGGAAUACGCUAAAAUGAUACAUGUCCUGCAGUCCUAUUGUAUAAUCUCCACCGGAGUGCGUAUUACCUGCUCCAACCAGAACGGGCAAGGAAAGCGCAGCCCAGUCCUCAGCACCAGCGGCAGUCAGAGCAUGAGAGACAACAUCGGGGCCAUAUUUGGACCAAAACAGGUAGGAACUUAAAGAUACCACUUCUUUAUUUGUUGUUUAUGGAUGAUCUACAGAAUGUAGAAGGACUAUUUUGUUAGGACUAAUUCAUCACUUUUUACCAGUGUUCUUCAUUUAACUUUUUUAUGAGUAUUAUUGAUAGUUGAAUAAAGCUUAAACACUUUGAGGAACUGUGUAACCUUGUCAGCUUGAUAUGUUUUGUUACAUGGCAAUGUCUUUUUUCCUUUUGUAGCUACAGAGUCUUCUGCCUUUUCAGCAAGUCUCUCCUGCAGAAAAUGUCAUUGAGGAAUAUGGACUCAAAGAGGCAGAUCUACCCAAACAGCUCUUUACGUAAGUAACAUCAUUAAAAUUGAAUUUUUUCAUACUUUUACCCUCAAAAAUACUGAAGAAGUUUUUAUUUUCUGGUAGCAUCACAGGGUUUGUCUCUCGGGGAGACCACGGUGUUGGGAGGAGUGCCACAGACAGGCAGUUCUUUUUCAUUAACAACCGACCAUGUGAUCCUCUCAAGGUAAUUCAUGUCAGGUUUCUGUCCUCCAUUAAUCAUUUACAACUCGUAUAAAACCUGAAUUUAUUGUUUUGAAAGUAUGUGACAUGAAUUGAAAUUCAUAGUACUGUAUUAAAACUUUCUUGCCAUUUUCAGGUGACCAAGCUUGUGAAUGAAGUGUAUCACAUGUAUAACAGACAUCAGUACCCAUUUGUUGCCUUGAACAUAGCUGUUGCCUCAGGUAAGACAUUUAUCAAUCUGAAACCUUUUAGAAGCUACUCAGAUGGUAUUUUAUUGCUACUCCAUGAACUGUUUCCUUUCUACUUGGUAUUUCAGAGUGUGUGGAUGUGAAUGUAACCCCAGACAAACGACAGAUCUUCCUUCAAGAAGAGAAACUCCUGCUGGCUAUCCUAAAGACCUCUCUCAUCAACAUGUAUGAAGCUGGGGUAAAUAAGAUCAGCCUAAACUGUACACCUCUACCAGGAACAAGUAAGAACCAGUCCUUAAAUAUAGUCUACAAAGCAACAGGUGAAUUUGGAGAUUUUUUUGCUGACAUGAUUACAUGCUUCUCUUUCUGUGCUUUUAUUUGGACAUUUUUCUCUAGAAACAUCAUUGGUGUCUGAUGGCUGUCAUCGUACCCCAUCGAAUGAAAAUGUACCUGAAUAUGGAACCAACAUGGAGCCAGUGAUCCAGAGUCCAAAGUCAACCCUAAAUCUGGCUGGACUUAAAGCAGCUUUUUCAAGUACUCAUGGUUCCACAUUUGGCAACAGAUCAAGUACUACAAAAGUUUCAAACUGUGGCCCAACACAGAAAACACUACAGACUUUUUUCAAGGGUUCUGUCAAACCUUCUACAUGCAGUUCAAGCUCGAAAUCUCCCAUUAAAUCCAUCAGAGAUGUAGGCAAAUGCUCAGUAGCUGGAAAGUCAGUGCUGGGAGGGUUCAGGUAUAGAGGGACGUCAGGCACCGAUGUGGAUUCUGAUCAAGACAGGGCUGUGUUGACAUGUGGCGUGUCAACACCUGAUACUCAGUCACCUGAACAACACAUAAACAAACUCACUGUAGAAAAUGAAACGUUUGAAGAAACAUCUGACAAUUCUCAAAAUUUCUCGGAAGAUCUGGAGUUACAGACUGAGCCCUGCACUUCCAACAAAGACUCCUUCUUGAGUCCAGAUGCCAAAAAAGCUAGAAAAGAUGAAACACAUUUUCCUACCAAACCCGGAUCAUACACUUUACCAGACUCCACUGUGGAUGCUCCCAUCUCCCUACAGAGGAGGACAGUGCUUCUCCAGUUCUCUCUUCAGGAGCUAACAGGAAAGCUAAAGAGAUUAAAUGACCAGCAGAAACAGAGGAGUGAGGAGAGUCUGCGCUACAGACGCUUCAGGGCCAAGAUCAACCCUGGAGAAAACCAAAGUGCAGAGGAGGAGCUCAGGAAAGAAAUCAGGUGGGAUUUACUUUUGUACAUGAUACCGAUUUAAAGUUUCAACAUCAAAGUGAUAUUUGCUCAACAGAAGAUGAUUUUUCUGUUUCUGUCUCCUAGUAAAGACAUGUUUAAACAGAUGGAGAUUAUUGGACAGUUUAACCUCGGCUUCAUUAUCACCAAACUCAACUCAGACAUCUUCAUGAUCGACCAGCAUGCAACAGAUGAGAAAUACAACUUUGAGAUGCUGCAGCAGCACACAAGCCUGCAAGGACAGAAACUCAUUGCGUAAGACUCUGAAAGCUAUCGUUUGAAUGUUAUGUUAUAUUUUAAAGUACAUCUAUUUAAAGUAACUUUUUAAGUAUUUUGUUAAACUUUCCUUGUUGAUUGCAGCCCUCAGAAGCUUUACCUCACUGCUGUCAGUGAAAACAUCCUCAUGGAGAAUAUCGAGAUUUUCAGGAAGAACGGCUUUGAAUUUCUCAUUAAUGAAGAUGGUAUGAUUUGAUUUUAUUUCAACUUAUUACUAUUAUUUUUAAUUUAGUGAUUCCAGAUAUGAAGUCCUUUUUUAAAACUCUGACUGCAGCUCAGGUGAUGGAGCGGGUCAAGCUGGUGUCUCUGCCCACAAGUAAAAACUGGACAUUCGGCCCAACUGACAUUGAAGAGAUGAUCUUCAUGUUGACUGACAGUCCGGGGAUCAUGUGUCGACCGUCUCGCGUCAGGCAAAUGUUUGCCUCUAGAGCAUGUCGAAAAUCUGUAAGUCUACCUAAACAUUGUAAUAUAUAUCCCAGUGCACCAAGAAUGCAGAUUAUCCACCCAUCCAUAAAAAAGUAAUGUUAAAACUGUAAUUGCAAUAUCCAUCUCUGAAAAUAUACCUUAUAUUUCGUGGUUCUUUUUUUUUUAUUGCCAUGAGAACAAUAUUUCUUAAAUUUCAGGUUAAGAUAGUCGCACAUGGUCUUGUCUUAAUCUAAAAUAUAUGAAUACACUGUAAUGUUCCUUUAAGUGUCUAAUGAGAAAUGUGUUAUUCACUUUUGUUAUCAAAUACCACUGUUCUUUUUCUUGACACAUUACCUGUUGUUGUUUUUUUUUUUUGCUGGUAUCCAUCUUCAGGUGAUGAUUGGCACUGCUCUGAGCAUCAGUGAAAUGAAGAAGCUUGUGGUUCACAUGGGGGAAAUUGAGCACCCUUGGAACUGUCCUCAUGGAAGACCCACCAUGAGACACCUUGCCAACCUGGAUAUCAUCUCUCCAGACUGA